AGUUUCUGCUUCGAGACAGCGCGGAACACCCCACGCGCCCUGGUGUGGCCAGCCGAUGCCGCGGGGGAGCCAUUUGAAGGGGUAGUGCUGAGAGCUGUCACUACGCACCAGGCGUCUUCGAGUAGUUCGUCCAGCUUCCCAGGGGCUCGCCGACGGGUCCUCGCCGCAACUUCGCGCUCCUCACCUCGGAGCUCGUCGCUCAUCACUCGUCCCUGCUCCGCCUCCCUGCUUCUUCCCUAAGCUUCCGCCCGCAGGGCUCCCACCUUUUCUCACAGCCACCACCUGUGGGCUCCUAGAAACCCGGGCGGAGCCUCGGGUCGGGGCCCAUGACGUCACCCUCCCGCGAUGGAGGCGGGGCGGUGGGAACCGCAGUGCAGCGCAGAGGGGCGGGGCCGGCGGGGCGGGGCCUGCGGCGCGUGACCUGCUGCGGGAGGCAGGACCCCGCAGGAAGGUGUCGGGGGGGACCGGCCGACUCCUGCGUCCGGGGGCGGGGCGGGGAGGGGCAGGGCCCCGGCGGCGGGCGGCCGGCGGAGCGCGAAAGCGGGUCACGCUUCCUCUUUCCCUCCCUGUCCCUUCUCCUCCCACCUGGGCCUCUGCGUGGGGACGCGCACCUGGCAACUGGCGGCCGAGUUCCGCCGCGCCCUCGCCUUCCCCGCUCAGGCCGGGCGCCCCGCGCCUGUCCUGCACCCCGAGCCGGCCCCCUGCGCCCGCCCCUCGCCCGCGGCUGCAGCCGCGUUCGCUGGCGGCGGCCUCGAGCGUUCGCUCGUUGAUGCCGUUUUGGGGGUGACCCCGCGUGGCGGUGGCGCGUCCGCGGUGGGGGCGGGUUAGUGGCCGCGGCUUUCCGGGACGUGGGGUGCGCGGCUGCGGGGCGGCAGGGUGGCCAGCUGGCGAGACCCCGCGCGCAGCUCGGGUUUCGGGACUCCGGAGGCGAGUGCCACGGCCGCGCGGGAGCGGGAGAUGUGGGAGCUCAGGCACCGGGGAGGCUGCCCCAGCCCCGGGGGAGCGGUGGCGCCGCCACCCCGCGAGGGAGAGGCAGCAGGCGGCGACCACGAAACCGAGAGCACCAGUGACAAAGAAACAGAUAUUGAUGACAGAUAUGGAGAUUUGGAUUCCAGAACAGAUUCUGAUAUUCCAGACAUUCCACCAUCCUCAGAUAGAACCCCUGAGAUCCUCAAGAGAGCUCUGUCUGGUUUGUCUUCAAGGUGGAAAAACUGGUGGAUUCGUGGAAUUCUUACUCUAACUAUGAUUUCAUUGUUUUUCCUGGUCAUCUAUAUGGGAUCCUUUAUGCUGAUGCUUCUUGUUCUAGGCAUCCAAGUGAAAUGCUUCCAUGAAAUCAUCACUAUAGGUUACAGAGUCUACCGUUCUUAUGACCUACCUUGGUUUAGAACACUCAGCUGGUAUUUUCUACUGUGCGUAAACUACUUUUUCUAUGGAGAGACUGUAGCUGAUUACUUUGCUACAUUUGUUCAAAGAGAAGAGCAGCUUCAGUUCCUCAUUCGCUACCACAGAUUUAUAUCCUUUGCCCUCUAUCUGGCAGGUUUCUGCAUGUUUGUGCUAAGCCUGGUGAAGAAACAUUAUCGCCUGCAGUUUUAUAUGUUCGCAUGGACUCAUGUCACUUUACUGAUAACAGUUACCCAGUCCCAUCUUGUCAUCCAAAAUCUGUUUGAAGGCAUGAUAUGGUUCCUUGUUCCCAUAUCAAGUGUUAUCUGCAAUGACAUAACUGCUUACCUUUUCGGAUUUUUCUUUGGGAGAACGCCAUUAAUUAAGUUGUCUCCUAAGAAGACUUGGGAAGGAUUCAUUGGCGGUUUCUUUUCCACAGUUGUGUUUGGAUUCAUUGCCGCCUACGUGUUAUCCAAAUACCAGUACUUUGUCUGCCCAGUGGAAUAUCGCAGUGACAUCAACUCCUUCGUUACAGAAUGUGAACCCUCAGAACUUUUCCAGCUUCAGAGCUACUCACUGCCUCCCUCGCUGAAGGCCGUGUUAAGACAGGAAGCUGUGAGCUUGUAUCCUUUCCAGAUACACAGCAUCGCUCUUUCCACGUUUGCAUCUUUGAUUGGCCCAUUUGGAGGCUUCUUUGCCAGCGGCUUCAAAAGAGCUUUCAAAAUCAAGGAUUUUGCGAACACCAUUCCUGGCCAUGGCGGAAUAAUGGACCGAUUUGAUUGUCAGUAUUUGAUGGCGACUUUUGUGCACGUGUACAUCACAAGUUUUAUACGGGGUCCAAAUCCCAGCAAAGUGCUGCAGCAGUUGUUGGUGCUUCAGCCAGAACAGCAGUUAAAUAUAUAUAAAACGCUGAAGAUUCAUCUCAUUGAGAAAGGAAUCCUACAGCCAACCUUGAAGGUAUAACUGGACCCAGAGAGAGAAGGACUGACAAUAAAGAAUUGCACAGAAAGGCACUGACAGAUGACAUUUUGUAGUUGUACAGAAACAUGGUUGAAAAUGCAAUAGAUUGAAUUUUUACAGACAUGAAUGUUUCUUCUCUGAAAUUACUGUGAAUAUUUAACACUUACUUGAUCUAAGUUAUGAAAAUAAGUAGCAAAUUGCCGGCAAAAUAUCCUGUACUUUUUCUAAAGUGUAUUUUCCAAUGUUAACUUCCUUCCCAUUACUUGCUAGUUUUCACCACUUAAAAGACUUGUGUUUUAAAGAGUCAGACACUCUAAAGUGAGUACAUCGAAGCCCUCUUGAGGCUGCACCUGGCAGGGUGCCCUUUGCACAAAUAUUUACUUUUAUACUUGGAGCUGCUCUUCAUUUCAACAAAAUGUUUUAUGUAAGGCACAACAGGAAGUUCGUUCUCCUGCACUUCCUCCUCUUGCAGGCUGGAGUCUUUUCUGAAGGACUGAGUUGGCUCCAAAAGAGAAAGAUUAUCCACUUUUUAAAAGAAAGAGGUAGUCCGUUGCCAGGGGAAAAACAUUCCACUUUUGGUAGGUUUGAAAUUCAAGAGCAAGAGGCAGAAAUCUCUACCAUCCUUGGUUUGGAGAAAGGGCAGACAUCCGAGUCUUCUUUGGAAAAACAUGACCUUCGCAGAAACUUUUCAAGAGAAAGGAGAAUUCCGCCCCGAGGAACCUGAUGGCCAGCCGCCCCCCCCCCCACCCCCGAUGCUCUCAGGAGGCAGCGUUGGACGGUGACAGAAGCACAGCCACCUCCCCUCUCCAUUGGCUUCUCUGCAGUUGUCUCGCUGUGAGCCGGUUCCCCUGAGUUCUGUGGCCGUGGACGUGUAAGAUCAGCAUCGAGGGUCGUGGGUACGGGUGGGGGGCAGGUGCUGAGCAAGAGCGCCCCAUCCCUGGAUGAGGCCCUGCCCGCCUGUGUCCCGGGCCCCUGCCUCCUGCUUCCCGCGCAGCCCUCUGGACAGUCACGGGGGAAGACGCAGGAUCUGCCUGGAAGCAAAACCCCGGAUGAAACCCAUGGUAGCAGUUAAUCGUCGUCACUCGCCUCUUUCACAUCCUGUCCCCAAGCUGAAGCCGUCCGCUGAUACGGCGUUUUUUUCUUCCAAUGAUGAAAAUCAAGCAGAAGUGAUUUCCACCAAGAACAAAAAGCACACAAAUGCCAGACCUUUCCGUUGGUGGACUGGACCCUGUAACCAGAUGAGAAUAAAUUCCUUGUCAGUGGUUAUGAAUGAGCUCCUGUUGCCCUGAGCUCUCUGCAGCCGUAUUUAUUGUACGGAACAGUCAGCCCGAAAACCUUCCAAAAUCGCCCAGGGCUCCGUGACUAAAUGUUUGGAGAGGAGAAACCGAGAUAUUUUAAGAAUGAUUUGCUAAUGAAAGGAGUAAAUAUUUUCAUUUAAAUCCGAAACAGACUUCAGUUAUUUCGUAUUUCUGUUCUCCUACUCUAUUUAAAAUGACAGGAUUGCAGCUGUGCCUGGUUCCCCAGAUGUCGUCUGUAACCAGUAGCCUGAUUGUGGUAGAUACAGUGAAACUCCGUCCCAAGAGCCUGAUUUCUCGGCUGGCGUAGUUCAUCCCCGCUGGGUGUGUUCGGUCAGCGUUACUUCACACUAUUCCAAAACCCAGAAGUGGCAUUGGAGCUGUUACCACGGAAGGGAGUGAUCGCUUUUAAAAUCGCACUACAUUCAAGUUAAUUUUCAACCUCGCUCAUUUUUACUCACCUCAUUAAAAGCGCCACGUGUCAAUCAUAAAAGAAUCUACUUACCAAAGUUUAAAAAGUAAAAUGAAAAUUUUCUAGCAGGAACUUAUGUGGGAGACUUGGUGAUUUGCACAAUAAGAACUUCUCAGAGAUGUGCAGUUCUCUCUGCAUUUUUCUUUAAAGUGGUACAGUGAGGCACUGCAAUAUAGAAUUAUGAGAGCAUUACUGAAUACAUGUAUUAUAAAAUCAAUAAUAUAAACAAAAUUUGAAGCUAGAACUAUUUGGGGCCACCGUAAUAGCUAUCCUCAAAUACACUUUUAGAGUUGGGUGUACAUUCUAUGUGUAAAAAAGUAAAUUCUUCGUUUUAACAGAACUCUGAAGAUUGACCUUUUUAGUGUACUUUUAUAGCAUGUAAAUUAAAAUAGAAUAUAUUUUGGCAAGAAUAUACUUUAGCAAAGAUUGCCAUAAACCCCUUUGAUCACUUUUAUAUUUGCUCUGUGAAGAGGGCUUAAAUUUCAGUGUAGCAAGGUGACGGCAGAGGAAUGAAAGACUAGGGACUUCCUUUACAGUGACGGUUAUUCGUAGUACACUUGUUUUCUCAGUGCUUUUCCCCUGGUGAUGGUGUGUGUACAUUUACUGUCUGAGAAUAAAAAGACCACACCCACA